AUGUUUCGCUCGUUCGUGUCGCUGACGCUCAGGUCAGGACGGUAUUUAUUAUCUCCUUAUACCGCCAAGCCUAGAACACACUGCACAGCAAGUUCCUUCCCCGCUGACCCCUCACAAGCUCGUCUAUCCAUACAGUACACUUGUGGAGUCUGCGGAACUCGUCAGGUUAGUCAAUGCCUUUCUAAAUUUAUUUAUAAUCUGAUGACCCUUAUGAAAAGACAACGAAUGGAAAGUGAUGUGGUUGGCGCCCGUCUUCUCAAAGAACGUCCAAGGGUCAACAAUCAAACGGUGAAUCGUGAAUAUCUUGAAUCGUUACCGGAGAAUACUUUUGGAAAACGUUACGCCAAGUAA